AUGGAAACACGUCUAAAUUCUGAAAACAAAACAAAAGGAGAAGCUUUUGCCUCCCAAAAUACUCAUAAAGAUUUUGCCACCGAUUUGGACUCGGAUGGAUAUCUGAUUUUGCCAAAAACUUCGGGCGUAUACAACUUUUACUCGGUGAAUGAUUUUCUAGCAGGGCUUUUGGUAUUUCUGCCGUCUAUAGUGGCUGCCCUGGCAGUAGAAGCGAACCAGCAAAGAGAUUGGGCCAUAACACUCUCGAAACUAACGGUUUUGGCCCAAGUGGCAUGGAUGGUCAUCUUUAUUACUAGCUGGCCACUGGCUUGGAUCCGCCAUUUGGAAAAAUCCCGGCUUCACUUGCUCAACUACAUCAAUCUGGUUUUCCUAGGCACCAAUGCCGGGCUGCAAAUACCCGAGGUGGCUUUAAACAGGCGAGUUUUUGCUGUAAACUUGCUUUUGGCUUUGAAGCUCCAACGAUACGAAAAACUAGCGCUAUUGUUGUGGUUCUGUGCCAUCGUGGCAAGUCCCGUUAUGAUGCGGUGGUCGGUUACGGCUUCUGGAAAUGGCAAGCACUCUGUUCGAGAUGCAAACAUUAUCAUGUUUGUCUUUUGGCAAGGUCUGAAGUUGUUGAUCCAGGCGUCGGUCAUUUUGCAGAAAUCGGGCGGUAGCCCCCUCACAACAGGAACAGCCCCCGGAGUUGUCACAGAUGCUAACUUAAGCUACUAUGUGGAACUGUUUUGUGGACCCCAACAUAUGUUUGAAAGUCCGCCGCUGGUAGACGCUUACAAAGACUCGUGCUUCAAAGUAGAUUUGGCAUGCGACGCCUUUGGCUCAGACAAGUCGACUUUGGGCAAUUCGAGACUGGGAAAUGAAGUAUCGCCUAAAGAAAAGGCAGAUUCAAACAAGGGAAUGACUGUUCCUGUGGUUCCCUUUCCUUUCGACGCUUCUCCGCUAGCAACCGAAGAAUGCGAUCAAACUAAAACCCGAAAUACGUCCGGUUUGCCGAAAGUCCCCAAUUCGCCAGUAGUCCCCAACUUACCAAGAAUUCCAAAUUUGAAAGACGCUGUCCCUGUCUCGGUGUCACCACAUGGAUCGGGUGCCUUUAGCUCACGCUAUGAGACAAGGUUUUCGCUCCGAGAAAAUUCAGAGGGCUGUUUCUCCGAGAAUUUCAUCCGACGUCCCCAUGUAAAGAAGCAGAAGAAGUUCCACGAGAAUACUCACUUGCAUGAAAGUAUUCCAUAUGGAGAAGAGCCAUCUCGAAUGGGUCAUUGGAAAUUCACAAGUGAACACCGAAACCAAGAUAUCACAAUUUUCCAGCCCCACCAAAUCAAAACCCAUAGAGGCUAUUCAUAA